AUGCGUAGCCAAAUGAUAUUGAGGGAAACGUCCCGCCCAGGCGCAUUCAUCGUAGAUACAUUUCCACCGUUGGCGUCAUUGCCACAGUGGCUUCGCCCGGGCCAGAGCCGCGCGAAGGCGGCAGCGAAAGAGGUUCUGGAUAUCAAGAUGCGGCUGUGGCAAAGAAUCGCGGACCAGGUAGCGUCAGGGAAGGCGCCGCACUGCCUCGCCCGCACAAUAUUCGAAGAAAAGCAACACUGGUACUUGCAGGGGCUUACGGACGAAGACUUGGCCUGGGUUGCGGGUGGACUCAUUGAGGCCGGCUUCGAAACCACAGCGGCCACGCUCAAUACUCUCGUGAUGAUGCUUGCAACCAACCCACGGGUCCAGCGCGAAGCGCAAAAAGAGCUCAUGCGUUUUGUUGGCCCUGAUCGGCUGCCAUGUUUCGCAGAUUUACAAAAACUACCUUACGUGCGUGCCUGCGUCAAGGAGGCGCUUCGCAUGAAUCCGAUACUAGCUCCAGGGAUCAUGCACUUCGCCGACCAGGAUGUGGUUUACAAAGAUCACAUUAUUCCAAAAGGGACGGUUCUUGUUGCCAAUACAGCCUUUUUGCACUUUGACCCAGGCCGUUUCGACAAACCAUUCGAGUUCAUGCCCGAGAGGUACUUGAGUCACACGUUAUACAGCUCCGAGUACGCGGCCAUGGGUGAUCCAUACAAGCGCGACCACUUCACCUUUAGCACAGGUCGGCGCACAUGUCCUGGGGCGCGAAUUGCUGAGAACUCACUCGGCAUCGCCCUGGCUGGCUUAUUGUGGGCGUUUGAGAUUCGGUUGCCGCUAGUAAAUCAAGUUGAGGUUCAGAUAGACACAAGCAAUCACGCUUUUACAGAUGGCGGAUUUGCUAUUCCUAAGCCAUUUGCUGCCAGAUUUGUACCUUGGACAAAAGAGAGGGAGCAGCUAGUCAGGGACGAGUGGUACAGGGCAUCAAAAGAAGGGUACAGUCUAAGAGGUGCCCAUACAAAUGUUACAGGAAUAGUUGUUUCGUAG